AUGAUACGCUUCUGUAGGGUCGACGAAAAGAGCGUUCUCUACCUUCGUUCGCCGAGAGAUGCACCUGAGAUCCUCCUGGGGCAGUUCCCGUUCUGCACUUAUGUUUUUGAGUUGCUUGUGAUCUUGACGAUGCUUCUGCAUUUCCUCUCUGGUUAUAUCAGUUUCAAAGGUCAACGCUGGAAACGGAGGUACUUUCGACUCAAGCCUAGAAGGCUCUACUAUGCCAAGGAUAGCAAGUCAGUGAUCUACGAGGAGAUUGCGCUGGUCGGCGUUUCGGUUGCCGAGUGUUCCACCCGCCACGGCGCCUCCGGUCUAUCGCUCAACAGCUCGCCGCACGCUUUCACACUCAUCACACCCUUGCGGCAAUUGGUGCUGUGUGCGGAUUCCAGAAAGCACAUGGAUGAGUGGAUGAGUGCCCUAAAGGGCGUUUCGAACAAAGACUUCAUCGAGGGACCGCCACAGAACGCACCACCGCCAACGCCGCCUCAAGGUGCAUGCAUCGACGAUAAUGCGGCCGAGCAGCAGCCACGACUACCGCAACUUGAAGAUCUCAAGCUCCAGGGACAACACAGCUGGUAUGUUGCGUCGCAUGCCAGGCCAACUUACUGUAACGUCUGUCGUGAAGCACUCUCUGGAGUUACUUUCCAUGGACUUUCGUGCGAAGUGUGCAAGUUCAGGGCGCACAAGAGAUGCGCCGCCGAGUCACCUAAUAACUGCAAGUGGACAACGUUGGCAUCGGUGGGCUCAGAGGUGCUCGAAGACGAUGAAGGCAAUCCGACAAUGCCGCAUCAAUGGGUGGAGGGCAACCUGCCCGUCAGCUCCAAAUGUUGGGCCUGUGAGAAAGCCUGCGGGAGCGUCCUACGCUUGCUCGACUGGCGAUGUCUCUGGUGUCGAGCGACAGUUCAUACCGCUUGCAAACCAAUUUUCAGCGUGCAGUGUCCUCUGGGAGUGUGUUGGGUGUCCGUAGUUCCACCGAUCUGCUUGCAACCAGCUUCGGCGGGUUCGAGCGCCGGACUCGAUUGGUGGCGGGGAUGUAAACCUCCCGGAUGUUCCCCUCUACUUGUUUUCGUGAACUCCAAGUCUGGGGAUAAUCAGGGUGUGAAAUUCCUCCGCCGCCUGAGACAGCUGCUGAACCCCGCGCAAGUCUUCGACCUGAUGGCACCGAAUGGAGGGCCCCUCUUGGGCUUGCAGCUGUUCAGUUCAUUUCAAACGUUCCGAAUACUUGUCUGCGGGGGAGACGGUUCUGUGAGCUGGGUGCUUAGUGAGAUAGAUCGGCUGAGGCUUCAUAAACAAUGCCAAAUCGGUGUCCUGCCUCUGGGUACCGGAAACGACCUGGCCCGUGUACUGGGCUGGGGAUCAGUUUGUGAUGACGAUAACCAAUUACCGCAGCUACUUGAAAAAUACGAACGAGCAACGACCAAACUCCUCGAUCGAUGGAGUAUCCUCACGUACGAAGGUCCUCUGCCAAUGCCGAGAAAACUGUCUCAACCCUACCCGACGGAAGCGAGGGGAAAGUCAGAGCCUGCGCCAGAUGCGGCAGUUGGGAAACGGGACCAAUCAAUGUCACGGUUGGAAGACUCGGUAGUCGAUCAUCUGUCGAAAAUUCUCGAGUCCGAUCAACAUUGUGUUGUGAUAUCAUCUGCGCGCAUUUUAUGCGAAACAGUUCGCGAUUUCAUUCUAAAGGUGCAGUCGAAGACCGAGAGCAAGGAGAUUGAGGACAAGUGCUCUGUUUUGAACGAGAAACUCGAUAGUCUUCUGAAAUCCCUUCAUGAAGAAGAACAAGCGGAGACAUCAUUGGUCGCUACAAGCGGCGGCUCGCCUAAUCAUAAGCCGGAACAAGCAGAACAACAGAGGAUAAGAGAGCCGUCGCCCUCGGGUCGACAAAACCCCACACAACCGCAGCAGCAGCAGCUAUUGCAGCCACAACAGUACAACAGUAGUAAUAAUUCCGCAGUCGUACAUCACCCUAGGAACAAGUCCGCCAUCCUACAGAGAGGAGCGCUCAUGUGCAGAGCCAACAGCUUGAAAAAAGCUCUGCGGCAAAUUAUCGAGCACACCGAGCGAGCUGUCGAUGAACAGAACGCAUUGCCCGGUGAUUGGAGAGUUCCGAACUCUUGCGCGUCUCGUCGAGAGUCCAGUAGUAACUCCUCAUCGGCUAACAAAUCCCCAAAACAUCGAGGGUAUUCCUCACCUUGCGAAGAGGCGUCCUCGACGAGCGUGGGUACUUCUGGAAGACCUCACUCUCUGCCGAUACUUGAGACAACCCCCGAUUCUCCUCAAACUACUUACGCGUCCGGGUCGGAAAAUAUGACGAACGCAGAUUUUGCCGAGAAGUCUCUCCUGCAGCUGAACUCACCCACGGCUUCGCGGCGCAUCUCGAGUGGGUCAACAUUGAAACACAUCGGUAACUUCGGUCUACAGUUGGCGGUGACUCCUUCGUUCGGAGGUGGUAGUAGCAGUCCCGGCGGACUACUUUCAGGGGGCGCUCGUUCGCCGGAAGAUGUCGAUAGGCGAAUGUUCCCCAUUAUCAAUCCGUUGGCGUCUCUUCCCGCAUGGCCCAACCUCGCCGGCGAAAGUAGCCUUGUUGGCAAGGCGCUUCUAGCCAACGCAGACGCCCUCUGCGCCGCGGCCUCUCCACUCAUGGAUAUUGAUGAUAUGAAUAUGGACUGUUUCCAAGAGAAGUGCGUCAUGAACAACUACUUCGGAAUUGGAUUGGAUGCCAAAAUCGCUUUAGAGUUUCAUAACAAACGGGAGGAACAUCCCGAAAAAUGUCGGUCACGCACCAAGAACCUUAUGUGGUAUGGAGUGUUGGGAGGCCGAGAACUAUUGAACAAAACUUAUAAGAAUCUGGAACAGCGCGUUCACUUGGAAUGCGAUGGCCACCGUAUCGCGUUGCCUUCAUUACAAGGUAUCGUCGUUCUCAAUAUCCCAUCGUAUGGCGGCGGAUCGAAUUUUUGGGGCGGAAGCAAAGAGGACGAUGUGUUUUUCGCGCCAGCCAUGGAUGACAAGAUACUCGAAGUGGUGGCGGUGUUCGGCACGGUGCAAAUGGCGGCUUCGCGAGUGAUAAAUCUCCAACAUCAUCGGAUAGCUCAAUGUCGCUCAGUCAGAAUCACCAUAACUGGAUCCGAAGGAGUUCCAGUCCAGGUCGACGGUGAAGCUUGGCUUCAACCUCCCGGGUGUGUUUGCAUUCAGCAUAAGAACCGAACCCAAAUAUUGUGCCGGAACCGCCAGUUCGAAUCCUCGCUGAAGAGUUGGAACGAAAAGCAACGUCGGCCGUCUUCCGGUGAGCUUCUCGUUGUUCGAUGGGACUCGUUCUUUAAUGGUUCCGCACACUCGAACAAUCGCGGACCUCUCUCGGAAGAGGAAGCCCAACACUUGUCCACGUUCAUAGACGCCGCUUCACAACUGGUUCAAGUGAUUCAAACCAUGUCCGAGAGCAACCCGGUCGUGGACAACGAAUUGUGGCUUGCCGCCUCUCAAACAAAUUCUCUUAUUGAACGCUUUUUCCCAAAUGGCCUUCAACCUUACGCCGGCGGGAGCAGCAGAGACAACGAACCUCCACAACGUCAACAUUUCGGCGAAUUGAUAAGCUCAGCCAAACAACUUCAACUGGAGACGAAAAUUUUCAUCGGGGAAAAAAUUGACAACGUGUCUCGUAUGACUUCGGAACAAGAGGACGCGCUCGUGAGCGCCAGUGUGAGGUUGGAGAGCGAACUGAAACGCUGUCUCACUAUUCGGACCUUGGCGCUAUUCUACGACGUCGAGCAACUAUCAGUGGCCGAUGAGAGCGCUCUAUGUUCAUCACGGAAUACAUCGAAAUGUCGUCUCCCCAUGUUCCGUUUCAAAUUGCGUGCCCUCAAAGCGAGCUGUCUCGCACAUUCCGAGACGGUUCCGCUUGCAAAGUUGGAUCGUACCCUGGAGAAAACGCUGGUUCGGUCCGCUCCGGUUUCGCCGGAACGACCCAUACCACUGACGUCUCCAGUCGUUGGGCCCGUAUCAGAAUGGAGUUCUCGGGAGGUUCUCCAUUGGUUGGAGCACUCACUCCAUCUAUCCGAGUACAGAGAAGCUUUUGUUAGACACGAUAUCCAGGGAGCAGAGCUUGUCAACCUCGAACGCAGAGAUCUGGAACAACUAGGAGUAGCGAAGGUGGGCCACGCCAAGAGGAUACUCCGUGCGAUUCACGAUCUCAUUCGAGAAUCAUCUCGACCGUAA